AUUGUCAUUAUAAACACAUAAGAGAACUCAUAUAAAGUGCAGAUCACUGAAAAAACACAUCUACCAAACUAGAUCACUGCUGCCCAUCGUGAUGGAUUCCCCACUGAAAAGCAACCUCAAGGGCCUGGAGUGCCACUUCACCUGGGAUCUGGGGCAAUAUCGAAAUGAGCUCCAGGGGUUAAAGAGGAACAUGCAAGAUGUGGAGCAGCAGGCGUGCAUUAGACUGAUCCACCAUUACAACCUGCUGGGCUACAUCCAACAGACUCUCGGCUUCAACACAGAGGCGCUGAUGUACCUGCACAAAGCAGAAAGUGUGAUGCAGGAGCAGGGAACAGAAGAAGCUGCAGUCCGGCUGCAGGUCAACAAAGCUAACCUGGCUUGGGUCUACUUCCUCAUGGGAGACAUGAAUAAGAGCAAAGCAUACCUAGAAGAGGUGGAGAGGCUUCAGCAAAUGCAUCCUGCUCCACCUGGAUGUGCUCUACAUCCUGAAGUCAGUGGAGAAAAGGGCUGGACGCUGGUGAAGUUCAACAAAUCCAAGAAGCGUCAGGCGAUUGAUUAUUUUAAGAUUGCUUUGAAAGCAGAACCAGAAAGGACGGAAUGGCACAAAGGUCUUGCUAUAGCCAUGAGCAAGACAUAUAUAAAGUCUGAAUUGACUCCACAGUUGAAGGAUGAAAUACUACAGCAGGUGAAAACGGCAGCAGAGAUGGACCCAGAUGAUUUGUUCCUUCAAUCCUUUUACAUACUAAAAAAGUUUGAGGUGCAGGCAGAAAAAAAUGAUAAAGUUGUACAAAGUUUACUAGAGAGAUCCAUUAAUACUGGAAACUUGGAGGGUUUGGGUUAUAUCCUUGAAUACUUUAAGAACACUUCAAUUGAGAGAGCGAUUCAAGAGGGAGAAAGGAUUCAGGAAAUGUUCCCCACUUGCCCUAAAGUCUUGAGAAACCUGUCAGAUUUAUACAAAGCGAAAUUGUUUGCUAUGAAGGAAAACAGCCAGGAAAGGAAGAUCUUGACUCAGACAUGCAUGAAGCUGUUUGAGAAGGUUGUCAAACAUUAUCCAGACUGUGUCAGAGGAUGGUUAGCUCUUGCAACAGUGCACCGUUACGCAGACAACACUGAGAGAGCAGAUGAGAUUUACCAGCAGCUCCUGUCAGAGAAAGAUGAUCUCCCUCCUCAUACACAACAGUUACUGUACUAUAGUUAUGCCUGCCAUCUACAUCAGAGAAGACAGUCCAGAGAUGAAUCAAUCAACUUUCUCAUGAAAGCAGCAGAAAUCCAAAACAUUUCAGAGGACAAACAGAAAAGCAUAAUGAUUCUUAAACAAACUGUGAAGAAUGGCAGAAACCCUCGCUGUGAAGAGAUUUCACAAUUUCUCAAGAGAGUUCUUGAUUAGUAAAUGGUCUCUUUAUUUCACUUUUUCACACAAGGUGAAUAAAUAAGUGUGAAGGUGAGGUCAUCUUUAACACUGUUUGGUGCAUUUUUUUAAGGAGGUUUAAUAAGAAAUCACUGCAUUGAUUUUAAAGUUAAUUCUGCUUGAGUUGUGCCUAGAGUAUACAUUUUGUGGCUUUACAUUUCUGAUAGCAAUGGCAUUGAUAAAUUAUUACAGUUUCCCAUUUCACUUUUACCCUGUAUUUUAGACAUUUAAGCGAACACCAUAUGAAAUAUUUUUUUUUAAUUAGUAGAUUUCCUGUAUAUCUAAUUGCAAGAAUAACUGUAUCAGCUGAUAAGGAGUCAUCUCUAUCCAAUGACAUGACACACUUUUGACAAUCUUUAACAAAAUCACUUGUUGAAUGGACCUCAUUAAAUCUGUUUAUUG